AUGAUUAAUAUUCCAGUCUAUGACAUACAAUGUAAACGGACGAUAUUGAAAGAAAUUCCUGCAGCUGAAUCAACAAUAAAACAACGUCUUGGACGUUUAGGAAGAACACAACCUGGAGAGUAUUAUGCUUUGUAUAAUUUCGAUGUUAAACUUGAACCAUUUCCAACACCACAAAUAAGCCAAUCAGAUUUGAUUAGUAUUGAAUUUUCAUUGCGAAAAUCACCAUUGAAAGAUGGAUUAGGUUAUUUGAAAGAAUUUCUACCUGAAACACCUAAAAAAACAGCUAUUGAUUAUACUAUGGAUGAAUUAAUACAAAUGAGUAAGUCAUUUUAA